AUGGAGGGGUACCACAGUGCUGAGUGUGAUAGAGCAUCUGAGACCUCGUCCUUCAUAGAGGAUGAAGAAGAGGAAGAAGAAGAAGAGGAGGAGGAGGAAGAAGAGGAGGAAGAGGAAGCAGCUGUGGGCCCAGAAGAAGCAGAGGAACUGACUAAUAGUUUAAAAGAUCUUAUCCAAAGCGAAGACGUGAGGCCCAAGCUGCAGUACAUCAUGAACAACCCUUCCUUUUCCAUGGUAACAGUUCAAAGCGAAGACAGCGGGAUAACCUGGGAAACCAGCUCGAGUAGAUGUUCUACACCCUGGGCCUCAGAAACCAGUACAGCUUCUGAUCUUUACAGCAUGGAAAGUUCACCGGUAGGUUCUCCUCUGGGAAAAGUGCUCUUUAUUAUGGACGAAGGCAAGAUUGUUCGGAAAAGGAAGCGCAAACCUUCGCACAAGGUACCAGUGGCGACGAGCAUGAAGGGAGGUCAGGGCAGUAAGAAACGAGACUCCUCUGGCAUGCAGAGGCAAGAACCAAGAACGGUUCUAGGAGACGUACAGGCCUCCGUGUUGAAUGUUGAACAGGUAGAAGAGCAUGAACCAGAUGAGGAAAUGCUGGAAGACAAAGAAGAUCUAGAGGACAUCACAGAAGAGCCAGUAAAACGAGCUCCUAUAAGGUCAAUAUUUAGAGAGAGCAGAUUGAGAAAAGUAGGGCCAAUCCUUGGAGGACCAGUACAAGCUAGAAUCCAGCUGUUCAACUCAAUUUUUGGAGGGACUGAGCCAACUCCUGAAACAUUGGAGAAAAACAGAACCCAGAGAACUAGCUCGAUUUCAGGAGAUCCUGAACAGUUCCUUGAAACAUCAGUAAAAGAGCGACUGCAGAAGUUCAAUUCACUUUCACAAGCAACAUGUCUAAAACCUUUCCCCAAAGCAAGAAGUAGAAAUCUUGAAACACCAUCACAGAGAAGAAGAGAGCAAAGGCAACCCAGAGCAGAUGCAAAGCAAAGCUAUUCUUCACCAAUGUCACCGCUUGAAAAAUGGCUUGCUAAGAAAGGUAUUGUUUCAUCUGAAAACACUAAACCUGUUAAGACAAAAGAUAAACCAAUCACACUUUCAAGCUCACGUGCAGAAACAACUCUUCAACAUGAAGAACAGAAAGACAGACUAUCUCUUUCUGAGAAUCCAAACCAGGUGUCAGGGCAUUCACUUAAGUCCUGUCCUCCUGAGGAAGCCAGGAAGCAGCAAAGUUAUUCACCUGUGGCCAAAAUGUCAAUAACAGAGCAAACAACCUCUAUUUCAUUAGAGUCUGAUGACAAAUCAGAGAAGCAACUGCCAAUUCCCUCAGCUGAGAAUUCAAAUGAGAAACCAGAUGAAUCCCUACUGACAGCACCAGAGCAUCUUAACGAACCACAGGAGCAGGAAAUUAAGCCCAGUUCUACACCACAGUCUGUUUCAGCAGAUUUUGUUAAUGAAUUAGAUAAAGAAAGUAUCCAAACAAUUUUGCCUACAGCAACUACAGCAGAACGUCCUAAGAGUGAUGCACAGAAGUCAGCUGUUCAGUCUUUCUUAUCUAGUACCCCAUCAGCUAAAUCCAAAUAUUCUGCUCUGACUGAAGCAAGACGGGAGGAUACUAUUUCCCAGACAUCAGAAACUGCACCAACUGAGUCUGAACAUCUGUUUUUACCACAUUCUGUAGAUGAAACAGAGAAGCAAGAAGCUCAGCGUCACUCAUCAAGUGCACCAACAGAAAGUGAGCAUUCAGAUCUACUGCAUUCUUCAAAAAAAGAAGAGAGUCAGAAGACCUCACCACAGGAAACCCAAAAUGUCCACUUAGAGAACAAAGCAAAGUCCAAACAAGACUUUCCCUCCUCAUUUCAGGAAACAGAGGAGCAAGGAAGGAAACUAAAUUUAUCCACCCCUGAAAAGACAGAUUCUAAAUAUUUUGGCAUUUCCUAUCCUAUUCACACAGAAACAGAAGAAACUCAGAAAACUUCAGCUAUGAAUAAAACUGCAGGUGUGGGUCACCCUGCUCUUUCCAAUGAAGAAAAUAAACAAGCAGGGAACGCACAAAUGGAGGUGGAGCACCCAGAUUUCUCAUACUCCAGCAAAGAAAUUGGGCAGUUAGAGAGAGCACAUCUGGAGACAGAGCAUCCAGACUUCUCCUUUUCCAAGGAUGAAACAGAGGAAUUGGAGGGUGUACAGAUGGAAUUGGAGCAUUCAGACUUUUCUUUUUCCAGGGAAGAAAUGGAGGAACCAGAGAGUGAACAACCAGACACAGAACAUCCAGAUUUCUUACAUGUCAGAAAAGAAAUGGAGGCAUUGGAGAGCACACAACUGGAGACAGAGCAGCCAGAUUUCUCAUAUUCUAGGGAAGAAAUAGAGGAAUUGGAGAGUUCACAACUGCAGAAAGAACAUCCAGAACUGAUUUUUUCCACAAAAGAAAAAGGGGGAUUGGAGAGUGCCCAGCUGGAGACAGAGCAGUCAGAUUUCUCAUAUUCCAUGGAAGAGAAAGAGCUAUCAGGGAGCUCACAACUGGAGAAUGAACAUCCAGAACUGCUUUUUUCCAUGAAAGGAUCAGAGGAAUUGGAGGAAUUGGAAAGUGCACAACUGGAAAUGGAGCACCCAGACUUUUCUUUUUCCAGGGAAGAAAUGGAGGAACCAGAGAGUGAACAACCAGACACAGAACAUCCAGAUUUCUUAUAUACCAGAAAAGAAAUGGAAGCAUUGGAGAGCACCCAACUGGAGACAGAGCAGCCAGAUUUCUCAUAUUCUAGGGAAGAAACAGAGGAAUUGGAGAGUUCACAACCAGAGAAAGAACAUCCAGAACUGCUUUUUUCCACAAAAGAAAAAGGGGGAUUGGAGAGCACACAACUGGAGACAGAGCAGCCAGAUUUCUCAUAUUCUAGGGAAGAAGCAAAGGAAUUGGAGAAAAUGGUUCAAUCAGAGACUGCACAGCUGGAGAGGGGUCAUCCAGAGUUUUCUUUAUCCAGGGAAGAAGUGGAUGAAUCGGAAAGUGCACAGCUGCAAAUAGAAUGUCAGGAGCUUUUAUUUUCUAAGGAAGAAAGAGAAAGGCAGAAAUCUGUUCCUUUUGAACUGGCACAGUCAGAGCCUUAUUCCUCUGAAGAAAGAGAGAAGGAAGAAACAUCAGAGCUUACUCCAGUUCCUUCAGAAUUAUCAUGUCCAAUAGAAGCAGAGGAAGAAAACACUGCAGAACUCCAGCUGGCACACACAGACACAUUCGGUUCCACCGGGAGAAACGAGAGACAGCAAAGUGGGUAUAUGGAAACAGCACAAUCAGAUUUACCGUAUUCCACAAAUAAAAGAGAGCAGCAAGAGCUGGCCCCACCAGAUCUGGAAAAUUCUUUUAUGCCAUGCUUUGGUGACAACAGAGAACAGCCUGUACAUCAGGAUUCACAACAUGGAGAUAAGCUGUGUUCCCCUGUGAAGGGUGUGCAAGAAGAAACCACUCAGAUGCAGUCAGAGCAUCCAGUUUUGUCAUAUUUUACUAGAAAAGAAGAGCAAUCUGCAACCUCACAGAUGAGAGCAGAACAGCCAAGGACAUCAUACUCCACUGACGAAACCAAACAACAGGAAAUACUAAAAUCCAAGUUGGAACAAACAGACUCACCAUAUUCCCAGGAAGAAAUAGCACCAGAAGCUGUACAAAGAGACUCGGAAGGUCCAGAGUUAUUGCAUUUUGCUAGUGAAGCAGAGCAAUGUGAAAACGUACAGCUAGCUUCGGAAAACAGGGAUUUCUCACUUACCACUGAAGAAGUAAUGCAAGAAGAAGUAGAUUCAGGGUAUUUGGGGUCCUCACAUUCAACUGACAGAGUAAAGCCCUGGGAAGUGUUACAAAUGGGGCAGGAGCAGUAUACUCCCUCCUCUUCCGCUGCUGGUAGUCAGCAAGAGGAAACACGACCACUAGACAUGGCCAAGCCAGGUACAUCAUAUUCCUCUGGCAGAGUGGAACGAGGCACAGUACAAAGAGAACUAGAACAGAAGCAGCAGGAAACAAACAAACAAAAAGAUGUUCAAAUGGAGUGUUCAGAUUUGUCAGAAACAUGGGGCGAAGAAGAGCCACAGGUCAUAGACCAUGUUAAUUUGGCACAGCAAGAAGUAGCUCAACCAGAGUUAGUGCACCUGACUUUGCCACGUUCUUUCAGUGGUGAAGGACAAGAAGAAAUGCAAACAGAGCCAGCAUAUGCAGAACAGGCAUCUUAUGUAAGUACAGAAAUGCAGGAGGAAAUGAUACAAUGCGAAUCAGAGCAACCAUUUCUUUCACAUCUUCCUGACAAAACAGAGCAAGGGGAAACAGUACAUUCAGAGUUGGAGCAAACAGUUUUGUCUCCCAGUGGAAAAGAAGCUCCACUGGAAAUGAAAAUGAGUUCAGAAGAAGCUGAACAACAAAAGAAGUGGAAACAUCCAACCUUACCAUUUCUUUUGAAGGAAGAAGAAACCACACCACUGGUAACAGAACAACCAGAAUUUUCAGGGAACAGUGGUGAAGCACAACCAGGUGACAUUGUAGAGCAGGAGUCAGGACAUACGGAACUUUUGUACUCUAUGGGAGAAACACAACAGCAACCAGAACAUUUGGGUUCACCAGAAACCCUGGGUGAAGCAGCACAAGAUGAAAAUAUGGAAGUGGAAUCUAACUACUCAAAUUUGUCUAGGUCUGAUGGACAGAGAAACCAACAAGAAGCUUCACCGUUGGAUUCAAAACAUCCAGGUGUGUCAUUUUCCUUUGAUAAACAGGAAGAACAAACAAAUCAAAAAUAUGAGUCUAAACAACAAGAGUUGCCUAAAGUGGCCAGAAAAAGAGCAUCUCCAGCAACCACGCAAAGAGAUUUGACGUAUUCCCCUGGCAAAGCAAACGAGCAAGAAGUUGCAGCAAGGGAAAUAAAGCAUCCUGGUUUGUCACAUUCCACUGAUGAGACAAACCAACAAGAAGUAGUACUGCUGGAUCAGAAAUACAGAAAAAUUUCUGUUGGGGGAGAAAAGCAGCAGCAAGCCACAAACCAGAAGUUAGAGCAAGGAAAGUUAGCAUAUUCUGCUAGUAAAACAGAGCAAUUAAAACAUGCCCAGCAGGCCUUUGAACAACCAGACUUACCAUUUUCCAUUGAUAGGCCAGAUGAUGAAAGGGCCUCAUCAGAGGCAGAGGUUGUGGUGCAACCUCUGGACAACACGGAAGUGCUACAAAGUGUACAAGGCAACACUGAGCAAACUUACCCAUUUGGAAAGGCAGAACAGAAAACAGUUCAGCCAGAAGUGGAACGUCCACAUUUGGCCCAUUCCCUGGGCACAGCAGCAGCAGCAGCAGCAGUAGAAGAAAUGGCAGAACCAGGGCAGGGACAUACUGAUGUGGCUGUUUUCAAAGCGGGAGGACUGCAAACUGCACAUCUGAAAUCCAAACAGUCUGAUCUAGCAUGCUCAGUCACCAAAGUGCAGGAAACUAGAGCGCAGGGGUUGGAACAGCCAGAUACAUUGGACGUUUGUGAUGAAAAGCAAAUCCCACCUCCCAGUCUGGAGCUAGGCCAAGCAGACUUCACUUCCUCCACCAACAAAGUGGGGCAGCAAGGAGUGGAGCACACAGCCUUGGGACAUCCAAAUGAGGAAGAGCCUGCCAGCAGAGCAGAGCAUCCACAAGCUGCAAAAGAGAAGCUAGAAACACCAGGUGCAUCAUCUCAUAGUGGAAAAGCAAAGCAAAGAGAAACAGCAAAGCCAGAACCAAAACAACCUGACUUAUCAAGUUUCAUUGAUAAAACACAAGAAACUAUGCAACUGGUGUUAGAAAACCCAGAUACAUCUUCCUGGCCUGGCAAAACAGAACAAGCAGAAACUGCUGAAGACAAGCAGCAAGGCUUCUUACAUUCCUCCAAAAAAGCCGUACGAGGUGCGAAAGCACAGCCAGAAUUGGGACAUUCAGAGUUACCUUACUCUGUUAGUGAGACAGAAGAAGUAACUGCAUAUGCACGUAUGAAAUCAAAGCAUUCAGAUUUAUCUGCUGGCACAUACCAUGAAGUCAUACAACCAGGGGCAGAAAUAACAGAUUUAUCAUGCUCAAUUGAUGAACCACAGCACCUGCAAACUGCUGAAGUGGAUUUGGAUUAUGCAGAUUCAUUGCACUCCACUGGCACAGUACAGCAACAAGAAAAAAAUCAACCAGAGCAGGAACAUCCAGGUGAUUUUUUGUUAUCUCUCAGCAAAGAAGAGCAAUGGGAAAGUAGAGGAAUGCAAGCAGAACACCCUGAGAUCCAGUGCUUUAUGGGGACAACAGAAGGACUACAAAGCUCCCAAGCAAAAUCAGAACAUGCAUGUUUGUCAUUCUCUGUUGGCACAGCUGAACCUCAUAAAUCAACACAGCCAGAGCUGGAAGAACAUGACUCGUUGCAUUUUUCUGUCAGAACAAAGCCAUCAUGGGCUGCCUCACUGGAGUCUAAGCAUACAGAUGAUGCUAUGGGCAAUUUACCACACUCCAAUUUGCCCUCUCCUGUCAGCGAAUUACAACAAUGCACAGAGCUGGGGGUCAAACAAGAGAGAGGAAGCUUUACAUUAUGCCCAGAGGAAACAGUACACCUGAAGUUGGAACAGCCAUUGUUCUCAAUUUCUGGUGGCACAGCAGAACAACCAAAGAGGGCUCCACUAGAUGUGAAAUUUCAGGGCAAAAAAGGGGAACAGGAAAUGGGAAAACAAGAGUUGAAGCAUUCAGACUUAUCAUAUUCCACUGAUAAAACACAGCAACAAGAAACAACGCAAGCUGGGUUAGGACAAUCAGAUUUAUCAUCUUGCCCUGGGAAACCUGAGCAACCACAAACUGUUCAAGAGCAUCAGGACUUCGAGGAUCUCACUGGCAAAACAGAAUGGCAAAUCCCAGCACAAACAGAGUUUGAGCACUCAGAGCAAAAACUUCCCAGUUCAUCGUAUUCCAUUUGCAAAACUCCAUCACAAGAAGCAACACUUACAGGCUUAGGGCAACAAGACCUAACAUACACCCUUGGUAAACCAGAUGAAAUGAAAACUGUGCAAGCUGAACUGAAACAUUCAGCUUUGUUCCCUUCUAGCAAAAAAGAACUAGAAAUGGUGUCACCAGAAUUGCAACAUCCACAGCUGUCUUACCCUGUUGAACAACUAGAAGAGGAAGCCAUGGAUCAGAAAUCAAGCUAUGCAGAUUUGUCAUCUUCUACUGCUCAACAAGAAUACUAUAAAACUGAACAAGCAGAAGUGGAGGAAAUGGGUUUAUUCUAUCCAGCUGACAAAUCAGAGCACUUACAACCUGGCAAAGAAGUACAACAACAGCCAGAGCUUUUGGAAUGCUUCGGCAAACCGAAGGACUCCAUUGUGGAAAUGGAGCAGCCAGAAACACAUUCUCCAUCACAUACCUUUGGCAGGAUCAAAAUGCAGGGGACUGCACAACUGGAGUUAGAACAAGCACAUUUAUUAAGCCCUACUGACAAAGCAGAAAAGCAUGAAAUCGCCCCACCGAUAGCAGGACACUUGGAGAAACAAGGCACUGGGACUACUUCACGUCUAACUGCUCAGCUGGAAACUGAACAAGAUUUAUCCUUUUCCACUGAGGAAGCAUGGAGCAAGAAAACUCCACCACAUUCAUCUCUUACUGAACAGACAAUGUCUUUGCCUUUGGGUCUUUCACAUUCUGUCUCUGAAACAAAACCAAAAGGAAGUCCAAAGUCUGUAGGCCUGUCCCCCAAGCACACAGAUUUAACUUACAGUGCUCAGGCUGAGUCAGGUUUCUUUUUAGCAAGAAAAGAAGAAAAAAAUACAAAAGAAAAUUUACAUUUGCCUGUGGCUGCACAGUUAGAGGCUGAACACAUAAUUUUACCUGAAAGAGAGAGAGAACAGACUCCACGUUACUUCCACAGAGCUACAGAAUUAGGGUCUGAACAAUCAAAUUUAUCACAUUCUACAGAUAAAGAAGAACAUCUAGAAAGUCGAGAUCACUUAGCUGUACCUUUAAAAAUGGAGUCUGAGCCUUCAAUUCCAUUUUAUUCAGCUGAUAAAACAUCUCAGCAAGGGAUUACACCUGAUUCAAAGCCAGUUUCUGAGGAUUUGGUUCCUACACAGUCCCCUGCUGAACAAGAAAAACAAAGCACACAGUCACUUGCUCCCCGGUGUCCACAAGCAGAAAGCAGCCACAUAAUUCCACCACAUGAUGAAAAGGAAUUGCAAAAAAUUCCACUCUCUUCACCUAAACCAGAAAGCCUGAAGACAGUAGAGUUGGAGAGUGUGCCUCUAAAGCACACACAAGACCAAGACAAGAAACAAGAUCAAAAUAAUUUGCUGGCCCAGCUAAGAAGUCCCUCCAAAUUCACUACUAUGCAGAGUGAGCAAGAAAUGCAACCCAAUGUGCAAACAGUGGCAAGUUUGGUGACCGCAGAGUCAAGCAUGACUGCUGGAGCAGACCAGCAAGUGGCAUCAUCAGAUUCAUUUGCCACUGAAACAUCAGUAUCAGCUGCUUUCACCACUUAUGAAGAAAACCAAAGUAUUCCAUCAUCGUUAUCUGAUGUAGUGGGGUUGCUUGGAAAGCAAUCUAAUGUAAUUUCAGAUGUUCAUACUGAACGAGAGGAAGGAUGUGAAAGGCAACAAUCUCCUGCAGACCAAAAGCAUGUAUCUUUAGAGCAUCCACGAGACAUAUCAACAGAUCUUUCUUAUGAAAGUGCAACACACAAAACUCAGCAUUAUUCUGGUGAUCUGGGGAGCCCUUCUUCAGAGGAGAUGAAGCCUGUUAGCUCUAGUUCUGAUGAAAAGCAUGAUCCAGAUAUUCCAUCUUUUGGUCUAGCUAGCUGGCUGGUGGAAGAGGUAAAAUCUCGAUCGAUUAGUCCAGCAAGAGCUGCAGAGGUAGACAAGCAAGGAAUUCACCUUUCUCCCAACGAAACUUCUGAUGUUGUAUCAAAGCAAAUGCAAGCAGCCCGUUGCACAGAACUUACAGUUCAUGGUGCUACAGAAAAUGAGGGGCAUACGUUUAGUGUUUCACAUUCAGUGUCAAGUACAAUUUCCCAUGAAGUGUCCUUAGACACUAGUCACAGAACUCAAAGAUAUGAUUUACCAUCCCAGGCAGGAGAUAGUGAAGGUUCAGUCAGAGCUCCAAAGUACAAGACUAGCAUUGGAACCCAUACAAAAACAGAAGCAAUGCAGCAGCCAGAGGCAGACAAAGUCUCCAAAGUGCCUGCACAUUACUUCAGAGGAGAAAAGAAAGAAAGGGAUCAUGCAAGCACUGUGGAAGGCAGAGGAGAAAAAAAAGAAAGGGAUCAUGUGAGCACUGUGGAAAGCAGUCAGCAUGCUCAAGACACUACUGAGCAGAAAGAUCUAUUCAAUAUCAUUUCAGAAGGUUAUGAAAUACUCAAUAUUCAUGCUCCUACAUAUAUUUCCUCUGUUGAUCAAGAAGAAAGUAAACACAUGCCAGAUAAACUGGAAUACUUAGAAACAAAUAUUUCAUUUAAUAGAAAAUUAGCUGAUGAUGGUCACGGAGCCUUAGCUUCUGGAACAACCACAAACAUUUCUGAAAGUUCAGUCUUAGGAAAGCCUCUAAGCCAUGACAUAGAAGAUUUGGUUAAAAAUGAUGAUGUUGAGGAACUUGGAGAAAUGCAACAAGAAAGUCCCACGUUGCCAGAAAACAACGACAAUGAAGCACUGGGUUCCAGUAGUGGUAUGGCUGAGGUGGAUUAUUUUGAGAAAUACACGUUGAUUGAUGACAAAUCCCCCAUUAAGCCACGUUUUGAAAGACCACAUUCAUUAUUUCCAGUGACAGAAGAUCCCAAUGAACCUGAGGAAGAAGCCAUGUCUUUAAAAGAAAGCACUGAGGUAGAUACUUUGGAAGAGGAGUUUUCCUUUCUUGAGGAUGUGGAUGAAGUCUUCUAUGGUACUGUGAAAGGAGAAAGUAAAAUGCAGUCCUAUGCAGAUGUCCCAAACCCUUUACCUCUGCAGAAAUCAAUUGAUAGCAGCAGUAAAAAGGUUACAAAUGUAGAAGAUGAGCGGAAGUCACCAGGGACCCCACUCUUUGAUACAGAAGAAGGAGUGCUGGAGCGAUCUCUGUUGUUCCCUACCACUGUUGCUGCAGUUAAUCCAGAGCUCCUAGAGGAACCACCUGCUCUGUCAUUCCUAUACAAGGACCUCUAUGCAGAAGCAGUAGGAGAAAAGACUAAGGAUGAGACUCCUUCUGAUGAGGAAAGUGGUAAAUCCAAUGCAUCUUUCCCCAGCAGAAAUUCAGACACAGAUGAUGGCACAGGAAUAUAUUUUGAAAAGUACAUUCUCAAAGAUGAAAUUCCAAGUAAGGCCACAGGGCCUCUGAAGGAUGACAUGCAAGAGUCUGAGUCAUUUAGUGGAGGAAUUUCAGUUCAGAGUUCAGAAGACAAAUACAAGCAGAGGUCUGAUGAUGCUCAACAUGCCAGAAGUGAGGUUCUGCCAGAAAGAAGAGUUAUGGAGAGAAAGAAAGUCCAGGUUGACAGUGACAUUCAAGCAACAAUUUGUAAGCCAAUGCAUGCUAUUCCUUUUGGAAGCAAAGUAAUUCCUUCAGGUGCAAGAACUGAUACCAGUGAACAAAGAGAAGAAGAAAAUGUACCUGAAGAAACUACUGAGGAGUUGCCAGAGCAAUCAAGUCAUGAAGCAUAUGUUCAACCAGUGGAUUACCAGGGAGCUGUGUAUCAAGAAGCUGAUCAUAACCAGGAAGAAUGGCAUGAUACAACAGCUGUUCCUCAAAGGGAAAGAUACAUCCCAUAUGUCAGGGCUCCUGUUGAAGACAGUGAAGAUGAUCCAUACGCUCAGGAAAAUCUUUCCUGCAUCCCUGCCACUCAGCAAAUAGAGAAGCUAGACUUGCAAAGAGAGGAGCAGUACCCUGAUGUUUACGGAGAUCUCACUGAAUCAAUGGACUAUGAUGUGAUCACACAAGAAGAGCUUUUGCAAGAUGACAUAUCAUCCCAGUUAACACACGAGGAACUGCUGUUUGAAGACAGGGACUCUUUUGAUCAUGCUGGUGAUAGUUAUGAACUAGUUAACGAGCCAGAGCAAAGAACACCUGUUGAGCUUGAAGAUUCAGGCUUUGUGGUGGUGUAUCCUGAAAAGUCAGCAACAAACAUUCCUCAAGUUGAGAGCCCACAAAGAGAAAUAAAGAAGGCAGACACAUAUUGUUACCACUGCAAAUGCCCAAUAUCUGCUAUUGGCAAACUCUUUGGAGAACAUAAAGACCACGAAGUCACAACGCUGGAUGAUGCUGCAACCAAGAUGAAGGAUCAGUUAAGUGAAAUGCUAAAAGCAGUGGAAGAAAAGUCAAUGAAGAUUGAGGACUUUGUGAGUGAUAUUGAAUCGCUCUUUAACUCUGUUGAGGAAAACUGUAAGAAAAAUGCAGAGUUACUGGAAAAGCAGAAUGAGGAGAUGCUUAAGAAAGUGGUAGCACAGUAUGAUGAGAAAUCAGAGAACUUUGAAGAAGUAAAGAAGAUGAAAAUGGAGUACCUGUACGAGCAAAUGAUUAACUUCCAGCAGACUGUUGAUUUGGCCAAGGGCACUCUGGAUGCAGUAGUAAAAGAAAUGGAAGAAAUUGAUGGAUUUGUCUUCUUAAAUUCAUCUAAAGAACUGAAUAAAAGGUUACUUUCUGCAAUGGAUACUACUCUCUCUCUAGAAAAGGUGCCCAGUGCUUUUUCACUUUUUGAGCACUAUGCAGACAGCCCAGGACAAAGCAACCAACACUCCUUAAAACAAGCAGCUGUCCCACAGACACCAACUGUCAUACCUCAGGAACCAAAUUCAGCCACCAGCACCUCCAUUGCUAUCUACUGGGCUGUGAAUGAUGGGGAUGCCAUUGACUGCUUCCAGGUCUACUGUAUGGAAGAGCCUCAGGCCAGUAAAGAUGCAGGGGCUUUGGUGGAAGAGUACAGAGUGACAGUGAAGGAGAGCCACUGCAUUUUGGAGGACCUAGAGCCAGAUCGCUGCUACAGUGUGUGGGUCAUGGCUGUGAAUGGUACAGGCUGUGGCUUACCCAGUGAAAAAGCCAUUUUUAAGACAGCACCUGCCAUCCCCACCAUCAGGGCUGAGGACUGUACAGUGUGUUGGGACACAGCCACUGUCCGGUGGCACACCAGCUCAGUGUCGGUGGAGUCCUUCAGCCUGGAGUACUGCCGACAGCACUCACCAGAAGGAGAAGGUCUGAGAUCUUUUACCGGUAUACAGAGACCUGAGCUGAAAGUAUCCCUGGAGCCCAAUGUGAACUAUUUCUUCUACUUGAGGGCUGUCAACUCAUUUGGGACAAGUGAACAAAGCGAAGCAGCUCUCAUCUCAACUAAAGGAACUAGAUUUCGCCUGAUGAGCAACACAGCCCAUCCUGCUCUGCGGAUCUCCUCCAAUGCAACAGUGAUCUGCCUUCCUGAGAAAACCAGAUUCACUGGGAUUCCUUCAGUCCUAGGUGAGCAGUUGCCUGCCCGGGGACGUCAUUACUGGGAAGUCAUUGUCUCUGCCUGCAGAAGCUACAGGAUUGGGAUCUGCUACCAAGCAGCACCACAGAGUAGUGUCCUCGGGCUAAAUGAUACUUCCUGGUGCAUGUGGUGCUGUCCUACACGAACCAGCUUUCUUUACAGAUUUCUUCACACUGGUGUGAUGGGCGAUGUCCAUGUGACAGAACAGCCAGCCAGGAUUGGCAUCCUGUUGGACUACAGUGGCAGCAGACUGUUAUUCUUCAAUGCAGAGAAAGGACUGAUGCUGUUUGCCAUUAGGCACAAAUUCACUGAUGCAGCUCACCCAGCUUUUGCCCUGGAGAAGGCUGGAGUGCUUACGCUCUGCACUGGCAUGGAGCUGCCAGAGUUCGUGAAGCACAGCUAAUCCCAAUUCACGGUCUCAGGGAAACUGACAAAAUUGAGUACAUGGGGAUAGGGGAGGGGAAAGAAGGUGUCAGCAAGGGAUGCCUGAUCUUCA